AUGGCGGGCGAGUUCAUUCGAGUUACUGCAAGAGUACGUCCGUCAGCAUGUACUCGCAAUAGCGAGCGAAUAACUAACGUACUCGAUGAGAAAAACUUAUGCUUCAACCCACGUAACCCCAGGAAUUUCACAUUCGAUGCAGUCUUCAGUGAAACAGUUCCACAGGAGCAAGUGUUUGAAGAGGUCGCCAGCCGUAUCAUCGAUGGAUGCGUGAAUGGCUUCAACGGCACCAUAUUCGCAUACGGCCAAACCGGCUCCGGGAAAACGCACACUAUGCUUGGACCGUCUCAGGUCGACAACUUCAUUGAGCAAGUGUUUGAAAAGGUUGCCAGCCGUAUAAUCGAUGGAUGCGUGAAUGGCUUCAACGGCACCAUAUUCGCAUACGGCCAAACCGGCUCCGGGAAAACGCACACUAUGCUUGGACCGUCUCAGGUCGACAACUUCAUUGUAAAUCCUGAACAUCGCGGUCUAAUUCCUCGAGCUUGUGACGCGCUCUUUACAAAGUUAUGCACCAUGACAGCUGAGAAAGGAGAGAACUUUAAAUACGAGGUGGUAUGCCGUUUCGUUGAGCUGUACAAUGAGGAAUUCUACGAUCUUCUCGGCGAUUCACAGCAGAAGCUCACAAUACGUAGCGAUUCAAAUGUAGUUCAACUUCUUGGCGUGUCCGAGCAUCCAGUUCAGUCAAGCAUCGAUCUGAUGAGGAUCUUGGAAAUCGGAUGGGUCACAAGAAGAACUGGGGAAACGGCGAUGAACCGGGAAUCGUCUCGAUCGCAUGCUAUGUUCAGCAUAGACGAGUUAAUCAAUACUAUUGUUAACAAGAAGAGUGCUACGCUGAAUAUGGUCGACCUUGCUGGGUCAGAAAGGCAGUCACAAGCCCCAACUGUAGGAAACCGAUUCAAAGAGGCCGUGAAUAUUAACAAGUCACUCAGCGUAUUAGGUCGCGUAAUUCGAACGCUGUCAGCAGCAAAUCGCCGUGGCGAGUUCGUCCCCUAUCGUGAAUCCAAGUUAACUCACAUUCUACGGGAUUCACUCGGAGGAAACAGUAGGACAGCUGUGAUCGUCAACCUUCAUCCUGACAUGGAGUAA